AGUAUUUAUUUCGCCGAUAGUCCGGUGGAGUUUCAAUUGUUUUUGAAUGGGAUAAAGUGAAUUAAUAGGUGUGCAAAAUGGGUCGUCGAUCAAUUAACACCACCAAGAGUGGUAAAUAUAUGAAUCCAACAGAUCAAGCCAGAAAAGAGGCAAGGAAAAAGGAGUUAAAGAAGAAUAAAAAGCAACGGCAGAUGGUCCGAGCUGCAGUUUUGAAAGGCAAAGAUCCAGCACAGAUUCUCGAAGAGAUGGAGAAAAUUGAUGAAAUGGAAUAUAAUGUCUUGCAACCAUCACCCCUGAAUGAAAAAGUUCUAAGAGAGAAACGGAAGAAGUUAAAGGAAACAUUCGAUCGUGUGAUGCGGCUUUAUCACAACGAUGAUCCGGAACUCUGGGCAGAAUUGAAGCGGAAGGAGAAUGAAUACGAGAAACGAAGACUCAAGAAGCAACAAUACUAUGAGAGCGUGAAGCACGCGCAAACGGUUCAAGUAGAUGAGAUUCCGCUGCCCCAACUACCCACCGGGCCGGGAGCACAGUUUCCAAUACCAGGGAGGAUUCCUAUACCAGCCGCAUUGCCUGUUCCGCCGUUUAUUCCAGGACAACCGCCUGGAAUUCUAAAGAAACCAACGGAAAAGCAACCAGUGAUCCCAAAACCCGAGGAAAAACCACCCGAAGUGAAGAAAAAAGAGCCUCCAGGUUGCCCACCUGGACCACCACCGGAUCUUCACGAAAUGAGUGAGUUAGACACAGAUGCAGAGGAUGACAGUCCACCACCAUCCAAGAAAUCCAAGUCUUUACGAUUUGCCGACGAGUACAAAGACUCUCGCAAGAGUAGCCGAGACAAUGAAGGCCGAAAAUCUCCCGCGAAAUACUCCAGUUCAUCAGAAUCGAGUGAUGUUGUGAAGCCAACUUCGCUACAGCAAAGAAUGUUAGCAAUUUCUGGACAAAAUAUUGAUGAAUUUAUGAAGGAAAUGGAAAAUGUACAGAAGAAGCGCGACAAAGAUGACGAUAUGGAUGAUGAUGAUGACGACAAGAGCACUAAAUCGUCGAGUGACGAUGACGACGAUGCAAGCAAUGAUGAUUCUGAUAGUGACAAAUCAGAUCAAAGUGACCACAAGGAGCACAAAAGAACAGAUAUCGCACCAUCAAUACCUUUGCCGCCCGCUCCUGCUCCAGCACCAGCUCCGCCUCUAGCACCGCAUUCUAUAACGUUACCUAGUGGACCUCCGCCACCUCCGAUGGGUUUACCGCCAGCUAUGUUAUUCAGGCCGCCACCACCACGAGCAGGCAUUCCGGGAAUGGCAAUUCGUAUGCCACCAGGACCACCACCCGGUAGACCAGGAAUGCCGGGCGGGCCAGGAGGUCUGCCACCACGAUUAGGUAUCCGAAUGCCACCCGGGCCACCACCUGGGCUCCCUCCGUCGCGUCUUAUGCAUCAUCAUCCAAAAGGACAGCUUGGUACACAAGCCAAGGACUCUAAGGGUGUGACAACGAUCACAGCUAAGCCGCAAAUCAGAAAUUUAAGUGCAGACGUCACCCGUUUCGUGCCUUCAGCAUUGCGUGUCAAACGGGAGGACUACAAGAAGCCAAAACCCAACAAACCCGCGCAAGAGGUUAAGAAAAUGGAACACAACCCAGGAGCAACAAAAGAUGAUGCCUACAUGCAGUUUAUGCGAGAAAUGCAAGGAUUAUUGUAAAGUGUGUCAAGAUUGUAAAUAAUAAAAGAAUUAAUUUUAAAA